AUGAACGGCCAGGGCUCUAGUGGACGAUAUUUGAAUGAGCAACAAAACACAGUACAGCUUGCACAGCAGUUUAAUGAAUUUUACUUAUCGAUAACAUCGCCGGAGAUAUCUCAAAUUGGCAAUUAUCGAAUUACACGAGAAAUUGGUGAAGGGGCAUUUGGAAAAGUCUAUUUGGCUCGACACAUUCUAUUGAAUAUCAAUGUUGUCUUGAAAUGUGGCAAGAUUGAUGACCCAAACAUUGUCCGAGAGAUUUAUUACCACAAGCAAUUGAAGCAUAAGAAUAUUGUUAGUCUUUACGAAGUGAUUAAGACAGAGAACCAUCUCUGGAUCGCAUUGGAGUAUUGUGAAGGGGGUGAGUUAUACUACUUGGUAUAUGAGAAGAAGCGUUUAUCAGUAAAAGAGGCCCAGCACAUAUUUUUUCAAAUUGUGCUUGGUGUCCAAUUUGUUCACUCUUUCAACCUUAGUCAUCGUGAUUUAAAGCUUGAAAAUAUUCUUUUGGCCGAUAAGCGUAAAUCGGUGGUGAAGUUGACUGACUUUGGGUUCAUUCGAGAAUUCAACCCGCUGGCAAGAAGACUUCUUUCGACAAUAUGCGGGACCACCGUUUACAUGGCACCAGAGUUGCUCAUGGGUCUGAAAUAUUCGGGUUUUGCCAUUGAUGUUUGGUCUUUGGGUGUGAUAUUAUACACGAUGCUAUAUGGGAUCCUACCUUUUGAUGAUGAUGAUGAAAUGAAAACGCGGGUUAAGAUUAUGAAUGAACAACCACUUCUUAGUGAUCAUGUACCAACGGAGGUGAAUCAGUUGAUUUUAAAAUUGUUGAGCAAAAACCCUAUAGAAAGACCAAGUAUUGGAGAGUUAUUAAACUCCUCUUUUUUGAUUGAUCUUUACAAUAGACAUUUGGAAAAGAGUAUGAAAAAGACUCAUGGAGAUGCAGAAUCUAUUAUCUCUAUCAACCAGCACUACAAUUGUAUAAAGAAACCAUUUGACACCAGGAUAGAAAAAGACUUGUUGCGAAGGUUACAAAAGCUAAACUUUGACGUGGAUGAUUUGGAGGCUAGUGUAUACAGAAGUGAUAUGAACUCGUUAACUGCCAUGUAUGAACUUUUGUUGACGCAAGAAUUCUCAAAAAAGAAAAAAAGGUAUAUUAGAGAGAAAAAACGGAAAUAUAUUGAGGCAACCAGAAGAUCUAGAAAAAGGGUCAAAAGUGCAUUAUCGAUAUCGGACCAGUAUAUUGGUUCUCAACCAUUGGAACGAAUCAUAUCAAGUCUUAGCUUGGCGUCGAAUAGAAAUAGUAGCAAAACGAAUUUAGCGAAACAAUCCCUCAUGCCCAAGAAAACAAAUUCGGGUAACCUGCCGAAGUCACCAAUUCAGGGAAGAUUCAGUUCUGAGCAGGUUCAAGGUCUGCAAAUACUGCAAAUACUGCAGACGCUGCAGCCACAAGGGCAAAUUGUGGAGAUAAAAGAAUUGAGUGGUCGCUCUAAACACAGUGCACAGACGUUAUCACCCAAAUCCUCUAGACAACAACAACAGCAGCAGCAGCAACAACAACAACAAUAUCUACAGCAGGGUCCUCCUUUAGAGCGAACUGUUUCUUUUGUUCCGGAGGAACGUCGAAACUCUAUAACACAUUCGCAUACUGAGUCAACAAAGAGGAAUGGCGGUAGUAACAAAGGAGGCAAAAUACUCAACAAACUUCAAUUCUGGAAGAAGAAUCGAGGCGAUUACGAGGAUGAGAAAGAUGAUCGUACAUCUUAUGAGAGCAAUAGGUCUGACAAAUAUACAAACGACUCAGAUGAUCAGGGAUUAGAGAUCAAAAUCAAACCCAGCCCAGACAAAUUGGAGCAUAGAAAUACCCCGCUUGGUAUCAGCAACAAAAUCAACAUUGGCAAUGGCAACAGCAAAAGUAACAGUAACAACAACAACAACAACAACAGCAACAGCAACAACAACAACAACAACAAUAAAAAUAACAGAAGCGACAAAAACUACAUCGAGAACAAUAAUGACGAACUACCCAGAAGUGCUACUUUUAAUUUGGAAGAGCCUUCAAGUUUGGGAGCUCAUAAAGAAGAUCUAGCUUUGCUCUCGCCCAACACUGUGACAACACCGCGAACACCUCCACCAAUUGAAGGUAGGGCUACCUUUCAACGUGCACGUCCUUCUUCAAUGAUAUCGCAAAUUAGUCAAAUAAGUAGAUUGAGUCAGAUGUCGACGAUGCUAUCCGAAUCUGAAUUGGAUAUACUUGAUGAGACUGAUACAAUGGACGAUGAAUAUGACGAUGACGACGCAUACGAAUCGAGUUUAAACGUUCAAAGUGAUAGUAGAAGUGGAUCCAUUGUUGUUGCAAACUCAUCACGUUUGCCACCACGGAAAAGACCCAGUUACAGACGUGCGUUAUCCUCAGAUCAAUCGGUCAAUACUUCUGCUUCGCCAACAGGAUUCUCAUCCCAUGGUGUGAAAAAGAGAUCGUCACUCACGAUGCUACCAAGUAAUUCUUCAGAAGAUAUGCCUAAUGAAUUACUUAAGCAGGAAGAGAAUAUGCCGUUGGGCAUCAAUGGAUACGACAAUGAGACAAGAAGAAGAGAACGUUCUAUUAGUCUGUCGAGUCAGACUGGCUCAGGUAAUCAAGCCGGUCUGCAAAGAAAUAUUUCUCAAAUUACAUACGCUAAUGGCAAUUCCGGUGGUUCCUCCAAUGUCAAUGCCAAUGCUAAUGCCAAUGCUAAUGCCAAUGCUAAUGCCAAUGCUAAUGCCAAUGCUAAUGCUAAUGCCAGUUAUACACCCAGUAAUACAGCUACAAAUAUUCUCAUGAAUGGUGGAGCUGAACCAUACCCACGUGCUGCUUCUCCCCCAGUAACUUUUAAACUCAACUUGCAAGGACUAAACAAGGAUCCGAAAUUGAACAAGAAACAACUCUCACCUACGUUUGGUAUUGCCAAUGGCAACUCUACCAUUAGUGGCAUGCACCUUCCUCGCAAUUACCAACCAGCUGUACAAGUGACAGAUGCUACGAUUACAAGUUACGGAAAUCCAAAUAUAAAUGGGGCGCAGGUGAAAAACAAAAGCACAUUAUAUGGGCCAAUCAUUGAUGAAGAGGAAGAAGAUGAAGAUCUAUACUAG